UCUACAGUGAGAGUCUCCUCUGUCUUACUCUUUAAGUUUUCAAAUCUCUCUACAAAGAGAGAGACAUUGAUCCCCGAGAAAGAAAAAAACACAAGGAUUCAAAUCUCUCUGCAAGUUCGAUAAUCCAGUUCUCUUACGCCAAAUUCAACCCUAAAAUCAGUUUCAGAGUUCCUUCUUUUUGCUGAGAAUUUUCUAAAAAUGGCACCAAAUCCCAAGAUUAAGAAAGCUUGUGCUGCCAUGAAGCUUUUGGGAAUACAAGAGGCGAAAGUAAAAUUGGUCCUCAAGAACCUUCUCGAGGCUUAUGACAAUAAGUGGGAUUUCAUAGAAGCUGAGGACUAUAAGGUUCUCAUUGAUGCAAUCUUUGAGGAGGAAGAUCCGCCACAGGCCACUGAAACGAAGAAGAAACAAGAGAAAAAGGAGAUUAAAAGAGUUGCAACGACCAGGGGGAAGAAGAUAACUCAGCCUUUGGUGAAUGAUGAAGAAGACGAGAUGGAUGAAGAUGAAAUUCCUUUGAAAAGGAGAUUGCGCCCAAAGCGAGGACGAGGUUGUGACAACAACACAAGCCUUAGCAUAUGCAGUGCCAUAUCACAGAAGUCAAACAAAGAUGCUUCCAAGAUUCUUCCUGAAGAGGAAGAUGAAGAUGAUGAUGAACUACCACCUUUAAAGAGGUACAUACGCAGAAGUGGUGAAAGAGGAAUGUCAAUGACUGUGUAUAACAGUAAUGCAAGUUCUAGCUUCAGCAGUCGCAUGUCAAUGGAGCCCGAAGAAGUACCAUCAAUACUUCCAUUGCCAGCUGUUCCUACGCAAGAUGAAAAGGACUCUGAGGACGGUGCACUUAUUAUUCUCAACGAUGAGGAUGAGCCCAAUACCGAUCAUAAGCCUCUGAUUUUAGAUACAGGGAACUGCUCGGCUCCCAUGCUUGAGAUGGAGAAAUCAAAUACUCAUGUGGAAGAACGGGAUAGAGAAACUGAAGAGAUUCUCUGUAUUUCUACUACCAAGGAUGUUCCUCCUUCAGCUACUGCUGCUUCAGUUGAAUUAGCUUCUUCGACUUCUGGUGAGGCGAAGAUCUGUUUAACUUUCGCGCCUGCAACUGGAGAAACAACGAAUUUGUGUUUGCCUUCUAUGGAUGCUUUUCGAAGAGCAAUGGAAGAGAAGUGCCUCAAGUCAUACAAAAUUGUUCACCCCGAGUUUUCAGUCCUUGGGUUCAUGAAGGACUUGUGUAGCUGUUACGUAGACAUGGUAAACAAUUCAACCAACCAGUCACUUGAAACAGAAACCGUGAGUAAGGUGGGUGAUGAAAGCGCUGCAGCUUGCAUUUCGAUGGGGUUGGUAGUUGUUCCUGAAUGCGAGAUCUCUUCAGAUGGCUGGAGAGCAAUUAACAAUGUAAAGGACAUUACUGUUGCUGAAGAAAACGUUGAGAUUCCAUGGGUGAAUGAGAUCAACGACGAGACUCCUUCACAUUUCCGUUACAUGCCUCAGAACUUUGUGUUUCGAGAUGCUCCAGUGAAAUUCUCACUCUCAAGUUUCUCUGAUGAGCAAAGCUGUUCCUCUUCUUGUAUCGAAGAUUGCUUGACUUCAGCAAUGCCUUGCAACUGUGCAAUUGCUGUUGAUAACGGGUUUGCUUACACAGCAGAUGGCGUUAUUAAAGAGGAUUUCUUGGAAGCUCGGAUCUCUGAGGCGCGUGAUCAAAGGAAGCAGGUGGUUAUGUUCUGUAAAGAGUGUCCAUUGGAGAGAGCUAAAAAAACAGAGAUAUUGGAACCAUGUAAAGGGCAUUUGAAGAGGAAAGCCAUUAAAGAAUGUUGGAUCAAAUGUGGCUGUACUAAAAGAUGUGGUAACCGAGUGGUACAAAGAGGAAUCCACAACAAAUUACAGGUGUUUUUCACACCAAAUGGGAAAGGUUGGGGCCUUAGGACAUUGGAGAAAUUGCCUAAAGGGGCAUUUAUUUGUGAGUACAUUGGAGAGAUAUUGACAAUGUCAGAGUUAUACCAGCGUAGCUUCGAAGAUAAACUCAGUUUUCCGGUGAUAUUGGAUGCACAUUGGGGUUCUGAAGAAUGGUUAGAGAAUGACAAAGCUCUGUGUCUUGAUGGGACGUGUUAUGGAAAUAUCGCAAGGUUCCUUAACCACAGAUGCCUUGAUGCAAACUUGAUCGAGAUCCCAGUUUACGUUGAGACUCCAUAUCAGCAUUAUUAUCAUCUUGCAUUUUUCGCAACAAGAGACAUCGAGGCAAUGGAGGAACUCACAUGGGAUUAUGGCAUUGACUUCGACGAUGACGACUCUCUGAUGAAACCCUUUGAAUGUCUGUGUGGUAGCAGAUUCUGCAGGACCAUGAAGCGAUCAAAGAAGAACAAGCAGAUAAUGAACAGAGCCUGAGAAUAUAAUGAAGAAGAAAAAAUGACAUGAGACCUAUGUAUUUUGGUGAAUGGGACUCUCUCUUAAUUAACAAACCGGUCCCGGUCAGUUGAUUUUGUAGGUUGAACGAAAAGCUUAAUCGGUUAUUGUGAGAUCAAACUCAGCAAAACUUGAGGGUAUUGUGACUUUCCUUUAAAUAGUAGAAGUUUGGCUAAUC